AUGGGUGACUGGAACUUCCUUGGGGGGAUUCUGGAAGAGGUGCAUAUCCAUUCCACCAUGGUGGGGAAGAUCUGGCUCACCAUCCUGUUCAUCUUCCGGAUGCUGGUCCUCGGAGUGGCAGCCGAGGACGUGUGGAACGACGAGCAGGCCGAGUUCGUCUGCAACACCGAGCAGCCGGGCUGCAGGAACGUGUGCUACGACCUGGCUUUCCCCAUCUCCCUCAUCCGCUACUGGGUGCUGCAGGUCAUUUUCGUGUCGUCGCCCUCCCUGGUGUACAUGGGCCACGCUCUCUACAGGCUGCGGGCGCUGGACAAGGAGCGGCAGAAGAAGAAGGCUCUGCUGCGCAGGGAGCUGGAGCUGGUGGACGUGGAGCUGGCAGAGGCCAGGAAGAGGAUCGAGCGGGAGAUGAAACAGCUGGAUCAGGGGAGGGUCAACAAGGCUCCUCUGAGGGGCUCUCUGCUGCGCACGUACGUGGCUCACAUCGUCACCCGCUCUUUCGUCGAGGUGGCCUUCAUGACGGGCCAGUACCUCAUCUACGGCUUCCACCUCUACCCGCUCUUCAAGUGUGAGCGCGACCCCUGUCCCAACGCCGUGGACUGUUACGUCUCCAGACCGACGGAGAAAAGCGUCUUCAUGGUGUUCAUGCAAUGCAUCGCGGGGAUCUCUCUCUUCCUGAACCUCCUGGAGAUCGUGCAUCUGGGCUACAAGAAGAUCAAAAAGGGCAUUCUGGACUUCUAUCCUCAUCUGAGGGACGACAGGGAUGAGCUUGAGGACUAUUAUAUAAAUAAAUAUAAAAAGGAAUCGGUGGCGCAGAUAAGCGCCGCAGCAACUCGAAAGGCAACCAUGAUCUCCGUACCCAACGACUACAACCUCCUGAUGGAGAGGAUGCAGGGGACAAUGAUGUACCCGAACCUUAUACAACCUUCAACUUUUCUUCUUCACCAGAACCAGAUGGCCCCUCAGCAGGAUCUGGAUGAUUCCAGGUGUUCAGCUCAAAGUCCUCCAGCAUGUAACUGCAACUCGGCAUCCAACGAGCCCUGCUCCCCGGGCUGCGACUCACUCAUCAGCAAAUCAAAGCAGGAGGCGGCGGACUUUUUGCAUCUGAACCAAAAUGGUAAGGAGGACGAGGAGGCGAAGAGAGGGUGCCCAGAAUCCCCGAAAUGCUCGCAGAAGGCGGCGCAUGCCUCCUCUUUCCCCACGCUGCCCGUGAGCGCGUCCAGGAGGCCGUGGAGGGCUCACGGCUCACUGAAAUGCUCCACGGUGCCGGAGGGUAAGAGCUCCGACACCGAUUCAUACGGAGGCACGACGGCUCAAACACAGCCAAAACCGAACGCCCAGCAUCAGAGCAGGCCCUCCACCCCGGAGUCUCUGGAUGACUCCAGCUCAGGCUCCAGACACAACCCGAGGCCGCCCUCCUCCAACUGCAAGGCAUCCGUGGCAAGUACCACCAGCAGCAAGCGAGCGCCAGACCUGCACAUCUGA